AUGGCUGAGCCUGGCGAUGGGUUCAAGUCUACCGCAAGUCGAGAUGCAGUCCUGAUGAUGUUCCUGAGCGCGGGAUUUUACCACAUGGUCACGAAGACGAUUGCCACUGCUGCAGAAUUCAGCGUCGUGCGCGCCAUUGCGAAGUCGUCUCGCGCCCUCGUGGGCGAAGAGAACUCCCUGGUAGAUUUUGGCAUCCUGCAGCGAGACGAUCAGGACCCUAACGACAAUGACGCCCCCGUUGGCGACCUCCGCGCCGCUUGGGCAAAGCACGGUGAGGAGGAGGUGUUGGUCUGCUUCGAUGUCAAGACGGCCAGAUCGAUGCACACGACCCGGAACCGCGCCUGGGAUUGGACCACGGACUUGCACCCUCUGCUCGCGCCCUCUGGCUUGGUCCAGCUGAAGGUCUCGCGCGUGCAGCAGCAACAUUGCGCCGCAUUCCUGCUCACCACCCCUUUUGAACCCGACAAGUUCUAUCUGAUCCCUGGCCGCUAUCUAUUUUCUGGGCCGAGGGAGAAGGGGUGCAAGUUUGCAAAGAUGUACCCCGUGUCGGGCAUGCUACCCUGGGAGCAGAUCGAACAGAUGGUACCGGCGUGGGCGCCGUUCGAGUGUCCGCCGGGGAAUCUGACCGCGCAGCUGGAAGAACACGCCCUUCCCCCAGGGGGACGAGGGCUGAACAUACGAAAUUUGUACACUGGGGUCGCGUACAGAAGCUGCGCCCGAACCGCCCCGUGUAGCGUCUCGAAGCUAUACCCGCCGCCUACGCGCCGCGGCCACGAUGUCUGGUGGCUGGAAGACAUCUACGAGUCCUUUGCGACCUCCAACGGGCGGUAUCGGGCCUUCAAGCUGCGCGCCCGGCCUUUGCUAGGAGAUUUCGGUAUUCACGACCAGGUCACCGGGGAGCGCCUGAUCGUGGAGCUCAAGGUUCACCUGGCAUAUGUGACGUCGGAUGGCACGCUCUGCUGCCGCAUUUUCCAUCCGCGCGACAUCGACCUUCGAUCUCCGUGGAAGCAGGCCGUGAAGAGGUUCUUCUCGACUCUGCGACCAGUGGACAUGUACCUCCUCAAAUUGAGGGGCCCGGAUCCGCGGUGGCUACUGGUCCUCCGCGAUCAGUUGCCAGACUCGUGGUUCGACGGCAGUGGAGAAGAUCCAGGUGCAGAGUGGUGUUGUUGGACUCCGGACGACGAGACGCUGCUGGACCGCCAAACGGUGGUGGGAAACCCGUCCGAGGGUAGAGGGUUCUCCGAACAUCUCGAGACGGUCUUGAACGGCCUCGCGCCGAACAAACAGUCGUCGCUGGCUACGACGCGCACCCGGCCCCAUUACCCUGUCCAGAGACUCCAAGUGCCUCGGCCCGCACUCUCGGCGGCGGCAGCUCGCCCAAAGCCGGCGAUCCGACCGCACGGAGACGAGGCCAAGAUUCGCAACAUCAUCCAACUCGAGCGGUAUGAGGCGGCGUUGGUCCAGGCACAGUGCGAUGCCCUGGGACGUGGGAGGCUGUUCCGCCUCGGCGGGCGCCAGACAGGUCGACAUGCCUUUACCCCGCUGAAUGUGAAGAGGUUCACUGAGCUGCCGCUCCACGCGCCCGUCAUCUACCUCGACUUCGUGCCGGUCGACGUGGCACAUGGCCUCAUCCCGCAACUUGUCGAGGAUUUCACAGGGUCGUGUGGUGGCACCACGACCUCGCCGCCCAAGGAGGCCAUAACAUCCCCAAUCGGGGUCCUCUUCAUCCUCGUCCCAUAUCGCCCCGGGCCCUCCGCAUUCGCAGACAGCCUACCUCGGAACCCCGGGUGGACCCAGCGGCAUAUCGUUCCGUCUAAGCUGGCGUCUAUCGAAACCGCCAACCCCACGCUGAGUACGUACAGGACGAGCAAGGCUCGGUCGCUGCUGUUGAAGGACGGUAAGUUAGUCGACGAAUAUGUGGUUGACACGGACCAGCUCGUCCUGCACCUGAUGGAGUUCUUCCGACAAGACUCGAACACGUUCCGUUUUCGAGGGAGCGAAAUUCAACUCGGGGAGUACAUGGUCGACAAGCGGAGCGUGCUCGAAAAGCUCAUGGUCGACUUGGAGGCCGAGGCCGAGGUCAGAGACAAGCGUCUGGAGAAUCAAGUCAUGAAGGAGGGUGUUGAGCAGCUACGGCUGGCGGACACAAUAGCUGCUGGAGCUGAUCGAGAGGGAUGA